AUGGACUCCAAGACGUCAUAUGACGAGCGCACGGCUCUAUACGUGCAGGAGAAGGAGAUCGAGCAAAACAUCGAUGGACGGACGGACACUAUAUCGCUGUGUCAAUGA